AUGGGCGAUAAUAAGAUCGCUUCCAUUUGCAGUGCCCAUUGGGGGUUUUGUUCAACCGUGUCUUUCUUUUCCUUUUUAUCCUUUUUUUCUAUUCGCAGACUUGAAACUGGCCUUGCUAAGAGGUUGCGGUCGAUUCAGGCGUUCCAGCGUCUCGUGGUCUUUCGUAAGUCUGGAUGUGUCGUUGUGGCUUCGCAGGGGUCUUUUUCUUUGGAUGUUGGUUGGGCGUGCAUGUUCCUUUCAUGGAUGAUUCCCCCUGAGCUGGGCGGUGAGCCUCUACAGCUUUAUUUUUCUGUUCCUAUGAUUUACUUAACAUUCGAAAUGAAAUAG